AGAUGAAAUCAUAAGAGCGGAUAGAAGUGUAUUGCAUCUGCUGCCGGAUGCCCACGUAGGGGAUUCUUUGGAGGAUCAGUUAGAUCUUUUAAAUGCAUGUAUAGAAAUGCGGAAGUCCGAUCUGAGGUUGGCGCAAGUUGAGGUGGUGGAUAUUGUAAAACAGCUGGAAGAAUUCUCAGCAGAAAAAGCCAAGUUGAUGAAACUAAUUAUGGCUCGAGAUGUCAACCACCACAUUGUUCAAGAGAUGAGAAAGGUAUUACCUUCGACAGUUGGGGAUAGUGACGAAAUGGUCGAGCGUAUUAUGGCUGGAACGUUAGCGAUUGUCGAAGCACUAUCACAGCAAAUUCCAUCCGGCACUAAUACGAGCGAAACGGAAGAAAAAAUGCUGGAUAGUCUUACAAAAAUUAAAGAAGUAUAUCCCAGAAAGGAACAGGUCAGGAUGAUCUUCAGCUCGACAUACAAGGAGCAAAAGUGGACGAAACAAAUCGUGACAAAAAGACCGGUAAAAAUGUCGAAAAGGAUGGUAAAAAUGUCGAAAAGGACGGUGAAGAGGACGAAAAGGACGAGGAAGAUGUCGAAUAUUCCAGUGAAGAUGACGAAGCCGGUGUGGAGAAUAUCAGAGAGCAUGGUGGUUCAAACGAAGAGAGUGACGAUGAUCCUUGUCCCGCGAAAAAGACUAAAGUAACUCUGGAGGACUUCAUUAGUUGAAUUGAUUGUUAUGUUCAUAUUAUUAUUUUGUUAGAACAUGGCACAUCUGUGUAUCACCCGUGUGAUAUAUUUUAUAUACUUUUUUCCAGCAUUUGAUUGGUUUCAUUGGAAACCAUUAGGUUGCUAAUAUUUUGAACAAAAAAAAUAAUUGACUUAACCCCAGUUACUAACCUAAUUCAAAUUAAACUUUCCACUUGUGUGUUGGUAGUAUUUAAUUGCAAUGUAUUGAUUAAGCUAUGUUAAGUAGAGUUAUGAAUUUAUUAGAUGUUACUAGUAGAUCUGCACCGGUGUGAU